CGCGGGCUCUCUGACGUUCCACCCCUUCCGCGCAGGCUGUCGGUUAAAUGGCGGGCGUAGGGGGUUGGCGACUUCCGGUAGAAGGCAGAAAGUUGAGCCGAAGGAGGGGCUGCGAAGAGGGAGGAGGAGGAAGAGGAAAGGGCCGGGCAGCAGCGGCUGUAAGGUUGUGCGGCGGCAGCGGCUCUCCUCGGGGCGGACGAUGGACAGCCAGGGCAGGAAGGUGGUGGUGUGCGACAACGGCACCGGGUUUGUGAAGUGUGGCUAUGCGGGCUCAAACUUUCCAGAACACAUCUUCCCAGCUUUGGUUGGAAGACCUAUUAUCAGAUCAACCACCAAAGUGGGAAACAUUGAAAUCAAGAAUAACAAAAAGAUGGACCUUAUGGUUGGUGAUGAGGCAAGUGAAUUACGUUCCAUGUUAGAAGUUAACUACCCUAUGGAAAAUGGCAUCGUACGAAACUGGGAUGACAUGAAACACCUGUGGGACUAUACAUUUGGACCGGAGAAACUUAACAUAGAUACCAGGAAUUGCAAAAUCUUACUCACAGAACCUCCUAUGAAUCCCACUAAAAACAGAGAGAAGAUUGUAGAGGUAAUGUUUGAAACUUACCAGUUUUCUGGUGUAUAUGUAGCCAUCCAGGCAGUUCUGACUUUGUAUGCUCAAGGUUUAUUGACUGGUGUAGUGGUAGAUUCUGGAGAUGGUGUAACUCACAUUUGCCCGGUAUACGAAGGCUUUUCUCUCCCUCAUCUUACCAGAAGACUGGAUAUUGCUGGGAGGGAUAUUACCAGAUAUCUUAUCAAGUUGCUUCUGUUGCGAGGAUAUGCCUUUAACCAUUCUGCUGAUUUUGAGACAGUCCGCAUGAUUAAAGAAAAGCUGUGUUAUGUGGGAUACAAUAUCGAGCAAGAACAGAAACUUGCCUUAGAAACCACAGUAUUAGUUGAAUCUUACACACUCCCGGAUGGACGCAUUAUCAAAGUUGGGGGAGAGAGAUUUGAAGCACCAGAAGCUUUAUUUCAGCCUCACUUGAUCAAUGUUGAGGGAGUAGGUGUUGCUGAAUUGCUUUUUAAUACAAUCCAGGCAGCUGACAUUGAUACCAGGUCUGAAUUCUAUAAGCACAUUGUGCUUUCUGGAGGGUCUACCAUGUACCCUGGCCUGCCAUCCCGGCUGGAACGAGAACUUAAACAGCUUUACUUAGAACGAGUUUUAAAGGGAGAUGUGGAAAAACUUUCGAAAUUUAAGAUCCGCAUCGAGGACCCACCCCGCAGAAAGCACAUGGUCUUCCUGGGUGGUGCAGUUCUGGCCGACAUCAUGAAAGACAAAGACAACUUUUGGAUGACCCGACAAGAGUACCAGGAAAAGGGUGUCCGUGUGCUGGAGAAGCUUGGUGUGACUGUCCGAUAAGCUCCAAAGCUUGUUCCCCUCACACCCCUAAUGCUUUCCUUUCUCCUUUCUUGCCAAUCUGAACUCAUUCAACUCCAGGACAUGGAAGAGGCCUCUCUGCGCCCUUUGACUGGAAAGGUCAAGUUUUAUCCUAGUGUCUCGGGGAAGCUUUGUUAAAUUUUUGUCAGUGUGAGUAAAUCUGGUUAACUCGGUCACUUCCCUGCAAACACAACCGGAGGGCAAAGGGUCCUGUGUGCUGCUUUGUUUCUUCUGAGUGGGCGUAGAUCAUUCCUGUAGGCUCCGAUGUUCACUUUUACUGCUCUCCUGCUGCUAGUUUUAGUCUUUAGCACACUAGGUGGUAUGCCUUUAUUAGCAUAAGAAAAAACUUCAACAGGGGCUUUUACAUAUUGCUGGGGUGGGGGGUGGUAAGGGAUGGGUGGACAGCCACCGAACCCUCUAGGGCAUUUCCUCUGUAGUGCAGCGCUUUCCAGUUACUGCUGCAGCUUUAAGUACCUUGAAGCUUCUCUUGUCGACAUCUUAGGGAAAUGUUUGGCUCAGAAUAAAGUGUUUGGGGUGGGAUUUUGAAUGGGGUAGAGGGGAGGGGUGGUCUUUUGAUUUCGAUGUGUUGAGGUUUUCUGCUCUGGAGUAUGUAAAAUGAACUUUAUUUACAGUACUUUGAUUUGGCGGGUUUUCUUCUACUUUGGGCCUGCCUAGAACUGCUUCCGUAUCAUCUACAAAGCAAGGGUAAUACUCCAUUCCAUGUGGCUUAGGGUUCUGUCAUUAACAUCAGCCUUGUCAUCCGAAAAGUAACCUUUAAUGGUGCUUCUGGUCAUUCAGAUUACAGAUGAAAAAUAUGCUUAAGAGCUGGAGUUUUGUAAAUGCUGUUUAUUCCAGAAGCGUUAAGGUAACCCAUUGCCAAGUACCAUUCUUAAAAUGAUUACUUUAUAUAACUGACCAGUGCUUAUUUACUAAAACAGGUAGAUACAUAUAAAUAAUUACUGGCAGUAGGUUUUAAUUGUUGGGUUAAAAAUAACAUUGGAACAUGGGACUUGUUGCCAGUUGAGUAAUUUCCAUUUGUUUUUUGUUGUUUUGAUUUGAAACCUGGAAGUGGAGUAAAGUUUGACUAAAAUGUUGGCAGGAAAAAAAUAUUUAAAUUUGUGUUUGUACUGAAAAACUAAUGACUGCUAAUUCUUAGCCAUCUUUUAUGCUUGAAAGACGAGUAGUUGGUAUUUUGUAAAUAUUAACAGACUUUCCUGCCUGUGUCAGGAAAUCAUAUUUAUAAAUCUCAUUGAUAUUGUGGAGUAUCUGAAAAAAAUAAUAUCCAGAUAUGAGUUCUUUCUAAAUUGGAAAAAGAGAAUAAUGAGAAAUUGUAUCACGCUAAGUACAAAAUACAGAUUCUGGGGGAAAUUUUUUCCCUUCAUUUCAUGACAUUCUUUACUAAUAAUGGCUUUGAAAGAAGCAGCUACAUUUUUGGGGUGACCGAUUUUAGAAAUUAUUGGCUUGAGAGUUUCUUUUUUGUGAGAAAACAAUUAGUUUAUAUGAAGUAAGCAAAAAAAUUAGUUUAACUGUGUGGCUUCUGUUAAUAUUAACUGUUUUUGUCUUGUUUUACCUCAAUUUGAACAAAUUAGUUUGCCUGCAUGCUGGCCAUGCUUCAGUAUCCAUGAAUAGCCCAUGAAUAAUGUCUACUAGAUUUUGGGACGUGGAUCUCAGAGUCAUUUUGAAAUUCUCUAGUGUUUCUAAAUCAUGCUCUCGUAAAUAUCCCCAGCCUUCGAGGACGGGGCUUGGUAAAAGACACAUGUGUAAGACCAGUAUCAGCUGGCUGCACAGUUUGGGUACAGGGACUGACUCUUGGCUUUUGGUCAUGGUUUUUUAAUUCGAGGGUAGAAAGCAACAAAGAGUGGAAUAGAUUCUUAAGUAACAUAG